CAAAUCCGCUCGCUCCUGCCCUGCCUCCACUCCCUACAGCGCGCCGCUCUGCACCCACCGCGCCAGCCCGCCCGCCCGCUUGUCUCCGCCGGGAGCCAGAGCCGCUGCCCGCUGUGCGGCCGCCCGCAGAAGCCAAGGGAGGAGAAGGAGAAGGGGACAAUGGAGGUUCCGCGCCUGGAUCGCAGCAGCAUGAGCAGCCCCACCAGCCCCUGCGAGGAUGUGAUCAAGAAUCUCAGCCUGGAGGCGAUUCAGCUCUGCGAUAGGGACGGGAAUAAAUCACAAGAUAGUGGGAUUGCAGAGAUGGAGGAACUUCCAGUCCCACACAACAUCAAAAUAAGUAACAUCACAUGUGAUUCUUUCAAGAUUUCAUGGGACAUGGAUUCUAAAUCCAAGGACCGUAUUACUCACUAUUUUAUUGAUCUAAACAAGAAAGAGAACAAGAAUUCCAACAAAUUUAAACACAAGGAUGUACCCACUAAACUGGUUGCAAAAGCUGUUCCUCUCCCUAUGACUGUGCGUGGACACUGGUUCUUGAGCCCAAGAACGGAAUAUACAGUAGCAGUGCAGACGGCAUCAAAGCAGGUUGAUGGGGAUUACGUUGUUUCUGAGUGGAGUGAAAUCAUAGAGUUUUGUACAGGAGAUUAUUCAAAAGUUCAUCUAACACAGCUUUUGGAAAAAGCUGAAGUGAUUGCAGGACGUAUGCUUAAGCUUUCUGUAUUUUAUCGGAAUCAGCACAAAGAAUACUUUGAUUAUAUCAGAAACCAGCAUGGAAAUGCAAUGCAGCCUUCUGUCAAGGAUAACAGUGGUAGCCAUGGCUCUCCAAUCAGUGGGAAGUUGGAAGGCAUCUUCUUUAGCUGCAACACUGAGUUUAACACGGGGAAGCCACCACAAGAUUCACCUUAUGGAAGAUACAGGUUUGAGAUUGCAGCCGAAAAACUUUUCAAUCCAAAUACUAACUUGUACUUUGGGGACUUCUACUGCAUGUACACAGCUUAUCACUAUGUCAUUCUUGUUAUUGCCCCUGUUGGCUCACCAGGAGAUGAAUUCUGUAAGCAGCGCCUUCCUCAGCUAAAUUCAAAGGAUAAUAAAUUUCUGACCUGCACCGAAGAAGAUGGCAUCAUGGUUUAUCACCAUGCCCAGGAUGUUAUUUUAGAAGUAAUUUACACUGAUCCUGUGGAUCUUUCCCUUGGCACAGUUGCAGAAAUUACUGGUCAUCAGGUAAUGAGCUCGUCUACUGCAAAUGCAAAAAAAGAUCCCAGUUGCAAGACCUGCAACAUCAGUGUUGGACGUUAAUCCCUACCCCACUUUACUUAGGAGCCUUUGAACCUCUGUUGUCCAUUUCCAUUGUCAGAUGUUCUCUUCAGAAGCAUGCACAUACUGCUGUCACCAAAAGCAAACACCAGUUUUUCAAAUUCAUUAAUAGCAUUUUUAAUAUAACUUCCCUCUUUCCUUCUAAUAGUUUAUAGCUUUAGAGGAACAGAAAUCUUGAAUUUUCUUUCUGACAACAUUUACACCUAGAUGCUGCAAUUUUUGUUUGUUUGUUUGUUCCUGGCCAAACAUAACAAAAACCUAUAUAAACUGCUUUAGCAAAAUAAAAAUAAUGGCUUAUAAUGGUGUUUAAAUAUGCAUUUAUUUUAAUCUACUGAACAAACACUGGGAUAACUCCAAACAGCAUGAAAGGUUGUAAUUGCAGCAUGAUUUAAAUCUUGAAGCCUAGAAAUGUCAGCACUUCCAACUUGUUGUUUGACAGUGUUAUUUAUAUUAGCUAACUGGAAACAAAAAUUGUGUUUAAACAUAAUAAAUAUAAUAGAAAAAUAUUUUAUUUGUACUGUUGUAUAAAAUAUUAUACAAUCAUAUAGAAUAUAUAGAGUACAUUUUAAUAGCAAUUGUAUACAUAUGUCAUGAAACCAUUUUCUCUUAUCAAAGAUGUAGUUUGUAAACCUCAAAUAGUUGUGUAUCUGUUCCUGUUGCUCUUAGAUUACUUUAAUUAAAACAGAUUUAGAAAGGAGAUCAUUCUGAUCCAUAAAAGUUAUAAAUUGUCAAGUCAAUACAGUGAAACAGCAAACCUCAUAGAAAUAAAAAAAAAAUCCACAUUG